AUGAACAUAUUCGUCGGAAACACCUCCAAAUACUUCUUCCCCAUCUUCACAAUCAACUCUUCCUAUUACUCGGAUUACUUUGCUCUAUUAUUCAUAGUUAUCCAUAUAAUGCUAACACUUCUCUGCUGUCUUCUAACUAUUCAAGUUUGUAUAAUAGUGAAGUCAAUUCGUGUAUUCCACACCAACAUGAGCACCAUUAUAAUAGUUAUUUUGGGACAGUGGUUUGAAAUCGUUGUGGCAAAAAUUAUUUUGUUCCCAUAUCAGUUGGGUUUUAUUACAAUAGGGAAUCCCAAAAUGUUCCAAUUCUGGAUCUCCAACGAUCCCAAAGAAAUGCCGCAAGCCGAGAAGACCGCUGAUUUGACACCACUCUUUAUAACAACGUGCGAGAUUCUGAAUUUCACAACAGGUGUCGCUAUUUCUGGCAUUUUUAUAAUCGGAGCAGUUUUGAUCUACUUCAUCAUUCUCCAUAUCAAUAUUGGAAUCCAAAAGCGACUAGACGAUCACGACAAACAACAAAAUUACUACUCGUUGGCGAUUAGAUUUCAGGCAAAGGAAAAUGCGAGAUCUCUGGAAUUGGCGAAGAAAGUUGUGUUGUUUGCGGCGUUUGCGAUUCUGUGUGGGAUGGCUUUGUUGAUAGCGACGGCUAUGCAUUGGGCGGAUGAGUAUAUAUCGACUAUUGUGACUUUGGCAGAGGCGGCGUUUAAUUUGAACCCCCUAUUCAUCGUUCCUGUCGGAAUGUACUCGGUACCUACCUGGCGUGACAAAUUUUUCAAGACCACCCCGAUUCUCCAGCGCAUCCAAAAAAUUCGAAGCAGGAAGAAUAUAAAAGUGUCGGAUACGAUAGAAAACGAGGCGGCGAAGGAAUCAGAGAUUUAUUUUAAUCAAUUGAGUGCGGCGUGGAAGUGA